GCACAGCGCUGAAACGGCUCCACACAGAUCUGUAGCAGUGUCACAGUGUCACUGUUUUACCGGGGAAAGGGAUACACUCGCGUUUCACAUUUAGGCGCAUUACAGCCACCGGCAACGCUAUGCUACAUUUUUAACUGAACGACGGAAUAACUGCAAAAAUGACGGUGGAUUUUGAGGAAUGUAUUAAAGAUUCACCUCGAUUCAGGGCGAAUAUCGAUGAAGUCGAGACUGAUGUUGUGGAAAUAGAAGCCAAGUUGGAUAAGCUGGUGAAGCUAUGCAGCGGUAUGAUCGAAGCAGGUCGUGCGUACAUCAGUGCCAAUAAACUCUUCAUCAACGGCAUUCGAGACUUGUCUCACCACUGCAAAAAGGAGGAGAUGAUCUCAGAAUGUCUUGAAAAAUGUGGCGAGAGCCUUCAGGAAAUCGUCAACUAUCACAUGAUCCUGUUUGACCAGACCCAGAGAUCCGUAAAGCAACAGUUGCACAAUUUUGUGAAGGAGGAUGUUCGAAAGUUUAAAGAGACGAAGAAGCAGUUCGAUAAGGUGCGGGAGGAUAUGGAGAUCGCCCAGGUGAAGAACGCACAGGCACCUCGUAACAAACCGCAUGAGGUAGAGGAGGCCAGCAGUACCCUCAUCACGACCCGGAAGUGCUUCCGACAUCUCGCCCUGGACUAUGUGUUGCAGAUCAAUGUUCUUCAGGCCAAAAAGAAAUUUGAAAUUUUGGAUUCGAUGCUGUCGUUCAUGCAGGCUCAGUACAGUCUCUUCCAGCAGGGCUUCAACAUCUUAGACGAGGUCGACCCCUACAUGAAGAAGCUGGCUGCUGAGUUGGAUCAGCUGGUCAUAGAUUCAGCUGUGGAGAAGAGAGAGAUGGAGCACAAACAUGCCACCAUACAGCAAAGAACUUUGAUGCAGGAUUUUGCAUACGAUGACUCCAAAGUGGAAUUCAAUGUUGAUGCUCCUAAUGGUGUCGUGAUGGAGGGAUACCUGUUCAAGAGGGCGAGCAAUGCUUUCAAGACAUGGAACAGGCGAUGGUUUUCAAUACAGAACAGUCAGUUAGUGUAUCAGAAGCGACUAAAAGAUGCUUUGACUGUGGUUGUGGAGGACCUGCGGCUUUGCUCUGUGAAACCAUGUGAGGACAUCGAGAGAAGGUUCUGUUUUGAAGUGGUGUCACCUACAAAGAGCUGUAUGCUACAGGCUGAAUCUGAGAAGCUCCGUCAAGCUUGGAUUCAAGCAGUUCAGGCAAGCAUUGCGUCUGCCUACAGGGAGAUUUCUGAUAACUAUUAUAUUGAGCGUUUGGACAGGACAGCGUCUCCCUCCACGAGCAGUAUCGACUCUGCCAGCGAGCCGCGGGAGCGUAUUGUUAAGGGAGAGAGUAUCCUACAGCGGGUCCAGUCUCUGCCAGGAAACGAGAUCUGCUGCGACUGUGGCCAGGCCGACCCUCGCUGGGCCAGCAUCAACCUCGGCAAUCUGCUCUGCAUCGAAUGCUCUAGCAUUCACAGGAGUUUGGGCGUCCACUGCUCUAAGGUUCGCUCUUUAACACUCGACACAUGGGAGCCAGAGCUUAUGAAGUUAAUGUGUGAGCUUGGCAACACUGUAAUCAACCAGAUUUAUGAAGGUGCGUGUGAGGAGCAGGGACUUAAGAAACCUGGUCCCAACAGCUCAAGGCAGGAGAAAGAAGCGUGGAUCAAAGCGAAAUAUGUGCAGAGGAAGUUUCUGAAGAAGAUGUGUGGCUCCGAGGCCCUGGUGGAGGGGAGCAGAAAAUCACACCACUGGAGCGUGAAGAAGUGCAGGAGACACAACAGCUCCAUCAGAGCCCCUAAAACCCGCCGGAAAUACAGGCACGAUGCCAGGAUCAUGUCGCCAGCCAAUCUCUCUGCUGCUGCGGCAGCUGCAAAGUUUCGGAGAGAAUCCUUGUUUUGUCCCGACGAGCUUGAUUCGCUCUUCUCUUACUUCGACACAGGCUCAGGGCCUCGCAGCCCCACAGGUCUCAGCAGUGAUAGCGGGCUUGGCGGCAGUACUGACGGCAGCACAGACAUACUCAUUUUCGGCUCCGUGGUGGACAGCGUCACUGAGGAAGAGCGUGAAGACUCGGAUGAGUCCAGUGGGGAGGUUGAUAUCGAGCAGGAAGCAUCGGAUCCAGAGGACGGCAGGGAGCUUGACCCAAAGACGCUGCUUCAUAAGGCGUCACGGGCCAGGAACCUAUCGGUCAUGGCAGAGGCGCUCGCGCACGGUGCAGAUGUCAACUCCGUCAGUGAGGAGGAUGAAAGCAAGAGUCCAUUAAUACAAGCCGUCGCAGGGGGCUCUCUGAUAGCCUGUGAGUUCCUGCUGCAGAAUGGAGCAGAUGUCAAUCAGAGGGACGUACGAGGACGGGCACCUCUGCACCACGCCACGUGCCUGGGUCACACGGGACAGGUGUGUUUGUUCCUGAAGCGAGGAGCCUCUCAGAUGGAGGUCGAUGAGGAUGGGCAGGACCCUCUCAGUAUCGCUGUUCAGGCAGCCAACGCAGACAUCGUCACAUUAUUGCGGUUAGCCCGGAUGAAUGAGGAGAUGCGAGAAGCAGACGGGCCCUUCGGACAGCCAGAACCCAGUAUACCUGCGAGUCCAUUGAGGGUAAAGCGCAAGAGUUCACGAGCAUCACCACGUGCACUGUCAUCUUUCGGGAGUUUCCGCACAUGGCUUUACACGCCUCCAAAACACUAACCAGCUGUCCUGCUUAAACCAGACGCCCUCAGAGACUCUAGCAGGACAUGAAGGACUGUGAUGAAGAUUCUACUCAUCUCAAAGAAUAAUAUAUGGCAAUAUUUAAAGAAGAACUUGGGGAUGGUGUUCGGUUUUAACAACAUGGAUUGAUUGGUUUUUAGAUUUGGUCCUUUCCUAAGCCUAAGUUUUUAUAGUUCUUUUAUGUUAUUUUAAAAGUUGUCAUCCCUUGUGUGAUCUGGGCAGAGUUAAGCAGCUUUGAUUCCCAGGGUUUGGUUUCCAGGAUUUGCUUCCCAUAAUUAAAGAGAGAUUUAUUCAGAAUUCUUGAUCUGUGAAUUUUAACUAUGUGAAUAAAAAGUCUAAUUCACAUGGCACCAUUCUGUAAUUCAUCUAUGAGGAGAGUGACAUCUAGUGAGCUUAAGCUACACAGGACUGGAUCAAAUAGUUCAAUAAUUAUGUUCUUGAAGGAUAACUUAGAUUUUGAUAUCAACAAUUUGAAUAUACACUGGCAGUGAUUUU